AUGGCCAUCAACGUUCAGCGCGUCCUGAACUUAACUGUCUUCACCUUCCUCUCCUUGGUCCUGUUCCUCUGCAUCAUCCUGACUCCCGCCGAUGCGAUCUACCAGUGCUACAUCACGCAGCGCCUCACGAACAUCUUCAUCAUCACCGGCGGCUACGUUGUCACAUUCAUUCUCGCGGUUCUAAUCUACACCACGCGUAUAUAUACCAACCGAACCGUCCUCUCCGGCAUCCCGAAAGCAUGGAUCCCCGUCGAGCGCGAAGACGUCGGCAAGAGUGUGCGCCGACUGGUUAAGGAGGGUUUGGCGCAUAGUGCGAUCAUAGCCUACCAGGCUCGACCUAGGGACAUUGCAGCCGACGGACAUGAUUUCUCAGGCUACGAAUCGCUCCUGGUGGACUACGACAAUCCACCCUGGGGUCAAGUCGAGCACCCCGGAUGGUCCUCGCCCUCAUGUCCUGACCUGCCCGACCUUCCCUAUCGGACUGUAGUCCAGGAACUGCCUCAUCUCAUCGAGGCCAAGGCAGUGUCGCUCGCUCCUCCCGACCCGAUCUUCACAGCCACUCAGCGGGCGCUUCACGCGCCAUUCCCCGAAACCGAAGAGUCGAUUCCUGACACGCGGGUGGUGGAAGUAUUGCGGCGGCCGAUAUCGAUGGGUCUGCGGGGGUAUUUGCAGCAUUUGGCUGCGCUGAAUGUGGUUGAUCCGCCGGAAAUUGGGAUGGAGUUUGUCGCUCUGUAUGAGCGGGCGCGCUUUUCAACGCGUGAGCUACACGAGGCUGAGUUCAGGACUUUGAUGCAUGUGUUUGCGGAGCUCCUGAGGGGCAUGAAGGUUUUGGAUCCCCAGAUCUUGGAUGAGGUGCGGGGUGGUGGGAGUUCCCAGGCUGACAGCGAGUCUCUUAUCGGGCCUUCGGACGAGGAGGGCGAAACUGAUACGGUGGAUUCCUAUGGCGAUAGUGAAGCCAUGUCGCGGGGCCGGAGUAAUAGUCUACGGCCUUCGAAUGCGUCCACUUGGGACGGCGCUAGACAGGGUCGCUGGUCGCCUGUUUGGUCGAGACGCUCGGAGGCGCAGCGAACCCUGGCGCCUCCUCGGACGCCAUCGAUGCGGUCGCUUCGACGAGUGCAAUCGAAUGUUUCUGGUAGCUCUGGAGGCAGCGUGAUUCGCCUGGUCGAGACCCGGAGUCCGACGGAUUUACCGUACGCUUAUAACGUUGGCAGCAGCAGCCGCAUCGACGGUAGACCUCAAACAUAG